UCUCCGAGUCUCCGUGCCUAACCUAACCUAACCUAACCUAAUCAACUCUCUCUCUCUUCUGUCCUUUGUCAACUUGCCUUCUUUCAAUGCGUUUGGCGUGAACAUCGUCGUCUGGUCGGGUCUCAAUGACCACCAUGUUGAUGCGCUUUAUCUUAAUGCCCUAUCUUUUGCGUUCGAAUUGUGCGCAUUAAUAGUUGUCUGUCUUCUGUACUUGAAAGCUUUCUACCCUUUCUGUCUGUCUUUCCAACCCCGCGUAUUGCCACCAAGGCACAUCCCUACUUCGAGCGGAAUUCUACACAACAUUUUACCUGACAUCCGAGUCCAUUGCUGUCAAUGCCAUCGUCGGCUACAUCUUCUUCGAACUGGGAUUUCACUCCGGUGAUUAAUCUACUGCGCUCGCCGACGUACAGCGGCGGUGACCGUUCCAUCACUGCUCGCCACAAUGACUGCGACCAAGCUCCAUCCACUCCCGGCACGGUUGCUGCCCAAGCUCUAAAUGACUCGGCACCCGAUCUGAAGCACGAGAGCGGUGGACCCCCAAAGCUUGGUGACUUCUCCUCCCUAUGGGAUUUCCUUGGCAACACCACCCCUCCGGUUGGGGCAGAAGCUGGCCUUCGUCAAGCCACCAAGGAAAGCAUUAUCGAACAACCUCCACAGCAGCCUAAGCGGAUUCAGAUUCUCAAGCGUCCUUCUCACGGGGCCACAAACAUUGAUAGCCUUGAUAAAACGCUUCCGCGUACGCCUCCUCGGCCGAUCCCCUCAUCGGAUGAGUCCAAGUCCCACAAGGCUACCGUUGAAUAUCGUACCCCAAAACAUCGUAAUCAAACCAAGCAACCAACCUAUGAAGCUCUUCACUUGUCGGAAAGCACUGCGGAAGCAGAAUCCGACAGCCCGAGCAUCUUUGACCCAUCCUAUUCCAAACGGGGCGUCGUUCCUUUCAUCCCGUCUCAGGUGGGCAUCGCGGAGGCCUUAAGUGAGUCGUCCGAUACCCCGCCAUCCUCGUUUGAUGAAUCCGGCGGGGCAUUAGCCCCUAUCGCUAUUCAAAACCUCCCCGGCGGCGCCAUUCGUGUGCAGCCCCUGGCGUACAAGUCGGCAGCCGAUCGAAAAGUCGGUCUCUUAACCAAGUUGUUGAAGAACUUUCCCGACUAUGCAGAGACUAUAACUCAAGUGGGGCGCUCUGGGAAGUCCAAACCAGCCUCUCCUCUCACAUGUCGCCCGAUUCAUGUCUUUGUCGAUAUGUCUAAUAUUAUGGUUGGGUUUCACGAUUCUAUGAAAGUAUCCCGAAACAUCCCUGUGAAAACACGGAUCCGCCGCUUGCCACUCUCAUUCCAGAACUUCUCGUUGAUCUUGGAGCGUGGUCGGCCAACGGCCAAGAGGGUCUUGGUGGGCUCCGACCGCUUCGCUGCGAUCGACGACGGCGAGAAACUCGGCUACGAGAUGAACAUUCUCAACCGAGUGCACAAGGUGAAACAACCGACUCGUCGUCAGCUGAAAUUCCGCAAAGGUCCUCGGGCGGGCGCUCAGGACGGAGGCAGUGGUUCUGAAACGAACGACGCACCGGAAGAGCGCUGGGUCGAACAGGGUGUGGACGAAAUUCUGCAUCUGAAGAUCCUAGAAAGUCUGUUGGAUACGGAUGAACCAGCGACCAUCGUUUUAGCUACGGGAGAUGCGGCGGAAGCCGAAUUCUCCGGGGGAUUCAUGAAGAUGGUAGAGCGAGCGCUGCGGCGGGGAUGGACGGUGGAACUGGUGAGCUUUUCUCAGGUCACCAGCUACGCCUAUCGCAAGAAGGAGUUCCGCUCGAAAUGGGGGAACAAGUUCAAGAUGAUCGCGUUGGAUGGAUAUAUCGAAGAGCUAUUGGACAUGUGAAUUGGGAUGGUCUGGAACCAGGAACGCUCUCAAUU